AUGAGUCAGCGACUCCUUCGUGAGAUCGCAAUGGCAAAGGAGAGAGGGGUGGAUUUCUGGUCUGGUCGCGCUGACAUCGAGUCUGGUUUAACAUCCAUGGCUCCUUCUGCUGGCCCCGCUGACCUCACGUCUGCCGAUCUAUCUGGAAAUCACCUUGGCAAGGUCAUUGCAAACCUCAUCAAGGACAACAAAGUUGACAUGACGGUUCAUAAACUCGUUGUCGAAGCCGUCGAAUUACUUCCAAAAUAUAAGCUUCAAGAGAUCAUUAAUGAUCUAUUUGAGGACAACCGGCUUGUUCAGACAUGGUUUCACAGCGAAUUCAAGAGUAGAUCUGUUAUAGCCGAAGCGAAGAUUUGGCCACAUUGCGAUAAGGUCACUAAAUUCGCUAUUUCACCCUCAUACAUAACGAUGUUUCAUAAUGCCGUCAUCAAACUUGUUCGUGGUAAUAAAUUGAUUAUUGAGGGCUUGAAGGAUAAGUUGUUAAUCAAACAAGAGGACGGCACCUUUGCAAUUCGCAAGUUCGCGCCGGACACUUCAGCAGAAGAUUUUCUCGGCACAACAAUAACCUCUACGAGGCAAGAUCUCAAAACACAGAUUUUAGCCAUGGCACGUACUGUUGCUAGUCAAAACUUACUCGAGUCAGCCGCGAAUCUCGACAGAACUGAACUUCGAGAUCUUGUUGUUGAACUCAUCGACAAACAAAAGCUCACCAUGGAAGAAAUUCAAGAGGGUCUCGAUUUUAUCGAAGAGAAAUAUUCUACUACCCGCAAAAUCGUCGAAGCGAUGGAAGCUCUUCCGAGACAUAAACUUCGAGAGGUUACCAUAGAACUAAUUCAAAGUGAUCAUGAGUAUCAGAGAUGGCUUGUAGAUGAGUGGCAACGCAUAUUCCAUGAUCUUGAAGAGAGAUAUGAGGGUGAUCCUUAUGAAGGUGAUCCCUAUGCAUUAAUCGUCUUCAUGGAUGAACAUUCAUCAACAAGUCUUCGAAUCAUGAUUGUUGAUAUGUCUGUGGCCAGCACGUGCAUUCGGAAUUGGUUGAAGGACAAGUUGUUAACCGCGGAUGAGGAUGGUAAACUCGAGAUUCGCGAGUUCGAGCCAGAUUCCUCUCCGGAGAUCUGA